AUGACCGCCGCUAUCCAAGAAGAUGUCCUCACAAAAGUGUCAACAGAUGCGACUACAAAUUUUAUUCAAUCCUACUACUCUGCCCUUGAUAAUGCCCGGUCAACGCUCUCCUCUUUCUACGCUCCCACAGUGACGAAUAUUCUAUUCAACGGCAAUAUCGUAGCCGAUGGUGCUUCUGUUCAAGAAAUAUUUGUCAACCAGCUGCCUCCCACGCACUACGAAGUUCAGUCGUAUGAUUGUCAGGUCCUCAACCCCAAUUACCCUGUGGCUCCACCCUCCGCCACAGACGAUGUGGCAAGCCCAUUCGGAGCCAAUACAAAUCGCAAUACGUCAGACCCAGCGAAAAGUAUGUCAAUAUUAGUUAUUGUGAGCGGCUACGUGAAAUUUGGAGAAGGAAAGGAAACGUGGGAUUCACCGAACCGAGGGUUUAGCGAGACUUUUGUCCUGAUUCCAAAUCCACCCAGUGGGCCGAAAGCACGGGGGAAGCAGUGGUUGAUACAGAGCCAAAAUUUCAGGAUUGUUGUUUGA